AUGCCCGAAAAGGUGUGGCACACUGUCGCAGGCGUCGCUGUCGUGCUGCGACCGCACUCUGGCAGCCAAGCCGACCUCAAGAGCAUUCUCAAUACGAGAGAUCGCAAAACUGGGCAUUGGCUAGAGAAGAUCAUGGAAGAAUACUUCGAGCGGGGCACAGGCACAGACACCGCCAGGCUGUUUUCUGAGAAUGCGUGCCCGGCCUUGAUGCCACCCUUCGUCUCCGGAUCCAUGUCCAUCGAGGUGGAGAUUAAGGAGGACGAGACCACAGAGGAGGAGACCAAGGAGGUAGAGAGUAAGGAGGAGGAGCGACCGAGUGCCAAAGUCCAGGAGUGA